AUGGAUUUAAAUAGAUUAGAAAAAGAAAAGGAAGACGAAUACUACAAGUUAUUAUGCAAAACUUUAAUGGUAGAUGAUAUAUUGUCUGAUAAAAUAAAUGCUUUAAAAGCUACAAAGUUGAUCGAGAAAAACAAAAUAUUAAACGAAAAAUUUCAUAGUUCUAAAAAAAAAUUGAAAACAGUACUGAACGAUGUCGAACUAUUCAAACAUCAGUUUGUGUCAUAUUUCGACGAUACCUACGACAACGUUAAUAAAAUCGAAAUACUUAAAAUAAUAAUGUUAACCUUCAAUCUAUUAAUUACUAAUGGAUACAUGUGCUAUUGGAAAUCAAGUGGAAAAAUACUAAAAAACAAUGCAAAACUCUGGACAGUGCACAAUCCCUCUGGAAUGCCCAUAAACUUCAAUUCGCCGUUCAAUCAGACUAUAUUAUCUGUUUCUACUGUAGAUGUUAGGCAAAUUGUGCCAUUUAUUUAA